AUGUCCCUGAUCAAUGCCACUCAUUUCCGCCCUACUUUCUACCUCAUUGGCUUCCCUGGUUUGGAGGCCAUUCAACACUGGAUCCUUAUCCCCUUCUGCCUUAUGUAUCUGGUGGCCAUCUUGGGUAACUGCUUCAUCCUGUUCAUCAUUAAGACAAACAAUCAUCUCCACACACCCAUGUACUACCUUCUCUCACUGCUGGCCCUCAAUGACCUUGGCCUCUCGGUGUCCACACUGCCUACCACAUUGGUCACCUUCUGGCUUGGUUCCCAGGGCAUCUACUUUGGCACCUGCCAGUUCCAGAUGUUUUGUAUCCAUUCCUUCUCCUUCAUGGAGUCUGCUGUGCUCCUUGUCAUGUCAUUUGACCGUUUUGUGGCCAUCUGUUGCCCGUUGCGGUACUCAGUGAUUGUCACAGGCCAGAGAGUGACUCAGGCUGGCCUUGCCAUCAUUCUUAGGGGUCCUGUGGCUCUACUCCCCAUUGUCCUCCUCCUCCAAGCAUUCCCAUACUGUGGACGGAGAAUACUCUCUCACUCUUUUUGUCUGCACCAGGAUGUGAUUCGCCUGGCCUGUACUGACACUACCUUCAACAAUCUGUAUGGGCUGACACUGGUGGUAUUCACGGUAGUUCUUGACCUGGUUUUCAUUGCCUUGUCCUAUGCACUCAUUCUCCACUCUGUGAUGGGCCUGGCCUCACGAGAAGAGCGGCUACGGGCAUUUCAGACAUGUACCUCACAUCUCAGUGCUGUGAUGGUUUUUUUUGUACCUAUGGUGGGGCUGUCUUUAGUACACCGCUUUGGAAAGCAUGCUUCACCUGUGGUCCACCUCCUUAUGGCUAACGUCUACCUAUUUGUGCCUCCCAUGCUGAACCCUAUUAUCUAUAGCAUCAAGACCAAGGAGAUACGCCGAGCAAUUGUCAAGCUCAUGGAGCAACUAAAAUGGAGUUCUAGGUACUAG